AUGGAUCCGAGGGUAUUUUCGUCCUUAGAUGUUUUUACUUUAUGUGGAAAACGAGAUUUGCUGGUACUAACUGGUAGACGUAAGAAAAUGAAAUCACUCGAAUGGAUUACUGCAAAGAGCCAAAGUGUCUGCCUAACUUUAUCUUUAUUGUCCCAGAUUUUAGAUUUUAUAAUUGACUUUUUUGGUAUAUUUAGUAGUGGUAUUAAAUAUGAAAUGAUUAAUUUGAUUAGGUGGGAUGACCGUACGUCCGUGGUUUUACCAGAAGGAGAGAUAUUCUACAUUGUGGCAUUGCUUCGGUUUGUGCCGCCUGGUGCUAAAGCUUCAUCGGUCCAUAAGUUGGUGGCUCAAAAUCAGGAGAUUGUUCAGUGGUGUGUGAAAAAUGGAAUAGAUUUUAAACUGUAUCUUCCUCAUUACAAGUCUCGAGAGGAAUGGAUUCGUCAUUUUGGAAACCGAUGGCCCAGAUUUGUUGAUAGGAAAACUAUGUUUGAUCCAAUGGCCAUCCUUUCACCGGGUCAAAAGAUUUUCAACAGGGCUCUUUGA